CAGUCCAGUAGUCCGCUCUACGUAGAACCAAAUCGUGCCAGGACCAUCAAGACGCAAGUGGAACCAUCGACUAGUCACCGGUACUCUUGCACAGAAGAAGCAGAGCGAUAUCGCACCACACGACGAUCGCACAGUUCACAUCGACGACGACGUGAACUACAUCGCGAAAUUGAACAUCGACAGCGACAUCGCAGUGAAUCGCCAGCGUAUCGGGACCGAUACACAUCUACCCCUGGUUACAGUACUACUAGUACCGGGGUUUCACCCAGCGGUUACGAUGAGCGUGCGGACCCGAAUCGUUUACCUGGAGAAGGUCCAACACGAGCAAAUUCACGAGAAAUCUUCCAUCUCUAUCAAACCCGUGACGUCUUGCAGAAUGUUGUGGCGCAAUUGUAA